UGAAGCUAAACCCCGUGAGCUAUAAAGAAGUUACAGGGGGGCGUUUUCGGCUUCCAAUUAGGAAUAAUACUGGCUUCGUAGCAACUACCGAGGAGGAGGAUUCUAAAACCACCUCACCCGUCCCAAAGCCUGCACCCCCCCCACGCACCCCUCCCCCAAUUCAUGACCGAGAAAAGAAAAGGGAGCCAGGACGCGCUCCGCUCCUCUCUGCCGGUGGGAAGCCGAGAGGCCGGCGGAGUUGGAUGGUAGGCAUGAGUACAAUUAAGAGGUGGGCGCCUCUGCACCCUUUGCCGCCGGCGGGGACCGAAGUGGCCUGAAAGAGUUGUCCGGCGUUCCUGUGCUUCCCAAGUUCUUCCCAAAGGAGCUCGGAGCCGCCUCAAAUGCCUCGGGACUGAAGAGCAAACGUCGGGGAUUAUUAUGUCGAUUUUUUGGGGACCGGGUUUGGCCGCGCGGAACAGAAGAAAAGGCUGGCUUCUCAGGGGUCCCGCCGGCAUUUGAUACCCAGAGACUCCUAGGAUUGCCGUGGAUCAACAACUUUCCUACGUUCGCGUCCGGUAUUUUUAAAGAAAAUAAUUUUCUCUUCGCUGCGUUGGUCUUUCACUGACAUCAGUACACUGAAGCAAAGACUUCCGUCUCUUCAUUCAAAGUAGGCUUUAUGUGUUUGCCAAUAUGAUCUCUAAUUGAGAGUUUAAUUUUGCUUUUGGAUGAAUCUGUGGAGCUUAUGUUGUAAGAAGAAAGGGAGAACGAGACACAAUGAAAGAGAAGUCCAAAAAUGCUGCCCGGACUAGGAGGGAGAAGGAAAACAGUGAAUUUUAUGAACUGGCUAAAUUACUGCCUUUGCCCUCAGCUAUCACCUCGCAGCUGGACAAAGCAUCCAUAAUCAGGCUCACCACCAGCUAUCUCAAAAUGAGAGUUGUGUUCCCAGAAGGACUCGGCGAGGCGUGGGGCCACUCGAGUCGCACCAGCCCUUUGGACAACGUGGGCAGAGAACUGGGCUCCCAUUUGCUCCAGACCCUGGAUGGCUUCAUCUUUGUGGUGGCCCCAGAUGGGAAGAUCAUGUACAUCUCAGAGACAGCCUCAGUCCACCUGGGUCUUUCUCAGGUAGAGCUGACUGGGAACAGCAUUUACGAAUACAUCCACCCCGCGGACCACGACGAGAUGACCGCGGUGCUCACGGCCCAUCAGCCCUACCACUCUCACUUCGUCCAGGAGUAUGAGAUCGAGCGCUCCUUCUUCCUGAGGAUGAAGUGCGUCUUGGCCAAGAGGAACGCGGGCCUCACGUGCGGUGGCUACAAAGUCAUUCACUGCAGCGGCUACCUGAAGAUCCGCCAGUACAGCCUGGACAUGUCCCCCUUCGAUGGCUGCUACCAGAACGUGGGCCUGGUGGCCGUGGGCCACUCGCUGCCUCCCAGCGCCGUCACGGAGAUCAAGCUGCACAGCAAUAUGUUCAUGUUCCGCGCCAGCCUGGACAUGAAGCUCAUCUUCCUGGACUCCAGAGUGGCGGAGCUGACGGGGUACGAACCUCAGGACCUAAUCGAGAAGACUCUGUACCACCACGUGCACGGCUGCGACACCUUCCACCUGCGCUGCGCCCAUCACCUGCUGCUCGUGAAGGGGCAGGUGACCACCAAGUACUACAGGUUCCUGGCGAAGCACGGUGGCUGGGUAUGGGUGCAGAGCUAUGCGACCAUCGUCCACAACAGCCGCUCCUCCAGGCCACACUGUAUCGUCAGCGUCAACUAUGUCCUCACGGACACAGAAUACAAAGGAUUGCAGCUCUCCCUGGAUCAGAUCUCAGCCUCUAAACCAGCCUUCUCCUACACCAGCAGUUCCACCCCUACCAUGACUGACAACAGGAAGGGGGCCAAGUCCAGGCUCUCCAGCUCAAAGUCAAAAUCCAGAACUUCCCCAUAUCCUCAGUAUUCAGGAUUUCACACGGAAAGAUCUGAGUCUGAUCACGACAGCCAGUGGGGUGGAAGUCCCCUGACCGACACCGCCUCGCCUCAGCUCCUGGACCCCGCAGAGAGACCGGGCUCUCAGCAUGACGCGUCGUGCGCCUACAGACAGUUCUCUGACCGCAGCUCUCUGUGCUACGGCUUUGCACUGGACCAUUCCAGGCUGGUGGAGGAGAGGCAUUUCCACACGCAGGCCUGCGAGGGAGGCCGGUGUGAGGCAGGCAGGUACUUCCUGGGCACGCCGCAGGCCGGGAGGGAGCCCUGGUGGGGCUCUCGCGCAGCCUUGCCCCUGACCAAGUCUUCCCCAGAAAGCAGAGAAGCCUAUGAAAACAGCAUGCCUCACAUCGCUUCCAUCCACAGGAUCCACGGGCGAGGUCAUUGGGAUGAAGAUAGUGUGGUCAGUUCUCCAGACCCUGGGUCUGCCAGCGAAUCAGGUGACCGAUACCGCACUGAGCAGUAUCAAAGUAGCCCACAUGAACCUAGCAAAAUUGAAACUCUGAUAAGAGCCACCCAGCAAAUGAUUAAAGAAGAAGAGAACAGAUUGCAGCUAAGGAAGGCCCCCCCAGACCAACUGGCUUCCAUUAAUGGAGCUGGAAAAAAACACUCCCUCUGUUUUGCAAACUACCAACAGCCCCCGCCAGCGGGGGAAGUCUGCCACAGCUCGGCUCUUGCCAACACUUCACCGUGUGACCACAUCCAGCAGAGAGAGGGAAAGAUGCUGAGCCCUCACGAAAAUGACUAUGACAACAGUCCCACUGCACUGUCUCGAAUAAGUAGCCCCAAUUCGGAUCGCAUUUCAAAAUCCAGUUUGAUCCUAGCUAAAGACUAUCUGCAUUCGGACAUGUCUCCACAUCAGACAGCAGGAGACCAUCCUGCCGUCUCUCCAAACUGCUUUGGUUCUCACCGGCAGUAUUUUGAUAAGCAUGCUUACACAUUAACUGGAUAUGCCCUGGAGCACUUAUAUGACAGUGAAACCAUUAGAAACUAUUCCUUGGGCUGUAAUGGCUCACACUUUGAUGUAACUUCCCAUCUAAGGAUGCAGCCAGACCCGGCACAGGGACACAAGGGAACAUCUGUUAUAAUAACCAAUGGAAGCUGAUGUUUUUUUCUAAAAUAUUUUGUUCUUUAAGGCUCUCUGAAACAUAUUUAUAGUUUAAUGCCCCAUUACCAGCAUUUACUAUGCCACAGAUGGUUAGAGAGGAUAAUUUAAGUUACUGGAUAUUUGACAUGUGUUCCUGUGAAAUCAAAGAGCACUAGCAUUCAGGGUUACAUGCAGAUAAUGGAGUUAAAUGAAUACAUAAAUUGCCCCUCUAAUUAUAUGGGAACCAGAAUAGAUAAAUUUUGAUUUGAGAAGUACUUGUGUAGAUUAAAUGAGCAUAUAUACCACAUUAAAGGACUGGUAGAAGACAGCAUUGCACUGGGAUGCUCCAGUAAACCUCACACACACAGACCACCGUCCACACACUGCUGUGUACACUUUACAUGCAGAAAUGUUGACUGGAGACCUCAAAUACAACCCAAAUGGGUAAGUUUUCUUAACCCUAGCACAUUAAGCUUAUUAAAGAAAUUUCCAUUCCUAAAAUAACUGAGAGAAAGAGAGAGAGCUACAUCUUGUAAACUGGUUUCUUGGUUGUGGUUUCAACCAGUCAGCCCAUUUGGUUCAGGCAUAAAUUAGGGAAAUGGUUCCGGGUAUGGUACAAGAAUGAGUUUCCACCUGGUAUCUAUUAGAAGCAAUCAGGAAGUGGUGAUUUUUCACCUUUUGAGUUAGACGAGGAACAGGAUCACACUGACAUAGCAGUAAGGGUUUUCUAAGUAAAAGGACUAAGAUGUUGGGACACACAUCAAAAACCUGGUGCGUCCAAUUGGAAAUAGUUUAGGAAAGAUGGAAAGGCCAGAGACAGAGAGAAAUGAAAUGAUAUCUCAACACAAAAAUUUAAGCCUCUAAAUACGUAAUCAAUAUGUUUGAGGCUAUAAAACCAACCAAAUAAAAGACUCAAACCAAUACAUCAAACAAAAAAAGGCCGAUAAGUGCAUAAAAGAACUAAGGAAAGCCAGUGGAGGGCUACAUGGCGGCAGUGUGCACGAGAACAUUUCAGAGCACAGAUGUGCAAGUGCGACAACAUGUGGAAAGCCUCAGGGAGAGCCCAAGAUAAAAGCUUGGGCUGAUGGACAGGUGGCCAAAAGGGUAAGAGUCACUUCAAAUGAAGCAACACGCUAAGCGCUAAGCGCUCGUUUCCCUAUUGUCUGUGAACGGUGGAAACAAUGACCUUGGUGUUAAGUUCGUGCGAGACGGUAGAAAACCCAGCAGACUUGAAUGCAAGAUCUCUGGGUUCCAGUCCUGGCCCUGGCUGUGAGUUAGUUUGGGAAUAUUGAUGUAUCGCUCACUGUGCCUGGGCCCUACUUUCUUUGUCUGUAUGGCCCUUCUGACGUGCCCUGGUUCUGUGGAUCAUCGGUGCGGCAGAAUUAGAGUUGUUGACCCAUUAGCUCUCCACUGUCCGUUGUCAAGACCAUCAUUCUGACUUGUCAGCACUCCUGCAGAGGUCCGGGUUCUUUGUAACUUCAGCCGGUACAUGGGUUCUUUUAGGCAUGUGUAAUUAUAGUCAACUUUCUGGUUCAGCCAGAAUGUGGAUGGUAAAAACUGGUGAGGGAACAGGAAAACAAGGACGAUUUAUUUCAUGCAUUAGUCUCUAGUAAUCAAAGCAAAGUUAAAUCACGCAAGCGAUUAGAGAAGUUUCUUAGGCAGUAUUUCCUAGGCGUCCCAUGCCUGCAACCCUUGCCAUCUGCAAGGAGGGGAAUGUAUUGGAAGAAAUGGACUCAUGAUUUUGAAGACAGAACAUGACACUGACCACUCAGGGAUUAGUACUCUAGUUUCCUCAUUUAACACAGUUAUUUGGCAGUUUAUAGGUAGGUGACAAUCUGAAUGAUGAUAAUCUGAGAGAUGAAGAGGGGGUCAUUUGUAUAUGACAACAGAAGUGACAUGAAAUUACAUAAGUAUUUCUUGGGUAUGACAUAGCAACAUUUGUGUCAUAAAGGGAAAAAGUGUAAGUGAGAAAGUUAGUGGUUAUUGUAUAUACUUCCAAAAAAGUUCAAAGAACAAGAAAAACUACACAUUAAACUACGGAAGCAAAAAGUUUGUAGUGAUUUUGAGAAGAAUAUUCAUGAAAAACCUCUGGAAUACUUAAAAUAGAUUUUUGAUCAAUUUGAAACAUGAAAUAAGGUUUUAGGAAUGCUAAAGUUUGGGGGGAAUUCUGUAGGUGGGUAAGUGGUUCAAAGGUACAGAUAUCGGAAGAAUAUGGUGUAUUUUGGAAAGGAAAUCUAUACAGAUGGGUUUUACUGAUGGACAUACACGCUACCAAAAAUAAAUAGAGUCCUCAGACUCAAGGAAAAGGAACUGAUAUGAAAGAAAAGAACACCAUUGAAGAGACUUCAGUGAAAUCCUAAAAUGGCAGAUAGUUAAUUGGUGAAAAAUAGAUUAUGCACUCUACCAAUAGGGGAUAAUCAGAAGAAAUAAUGCUCUUUAAAAUGGUAUGACCAAUAUUUUUAAGUGAAGACAGAAAUAUCUAUGUUACAUCCUAAUUAAAAAUUUUGUUAGGCGACUCAGUUUUAAAUACAAUUUAUUUAAUUUACAGGUCAAUAAUUUUAUAGUGGCAGAUUUAUUACAUUACAUAUAAUGCCUUCCAGGUCCACAGUAUUAUAAGCUUACAAUUUUUGCAAUGUGGCAUGAUUAUUACAAAAUGGCCCCAAAAUAAGAUGAGAUAGUUUAUGACAAAGUAUCUUUUUAAUAUACACAAUAUGUUAAAAUGUAUUUAAAAUCUACAUUAUCUUGUUCUGUCCAGGAACAUAUUUCCUCAUAAUGAAGAUGUCAACUGUGUCUUUUUAAAAUACAGGAUGUAAAAUGCAUAUGUUCCCAAUAACUUACUUAGUUAAAGUUAAAUUGGCCUUAGUUUUAAUCCUUGAGUUCCAUAACUUUGCUAAAUGUUGAGAAUCAUGAUACUCGAUAGAAAUAGAGAAGUAUGAUUCUUCUAUCACACCUGGAUUCAUAAAAAUGUGCUAUAUCCAAUUGCUAGUGUAAUAGGUAGCAAUUCAUUAAAUGAUACAAAGUUCAUGCUUUCUAGUAAUAGUAAGAAUAUCCUUAUCGCCCAUUUUACCUACCUGUCAGACCUAAUUUAACAAUUUGGAUGACCAAAGAAAUAAAUAUUUUCCCAAUAUUCCUUGAGAAAAUUCUAUUAAAACUAUUGAGAAUAUACAGAUUUGAUGUAUUAUUUUUGGAUGCAUAAUAUUAAUGUCAUAAACACUACAGAUGGACAUUUAGGUGUUGUUCAGUUUCACAAAUCUUUUGACCUACUAUGCUGAAUAUAAUGGGCUAGCUUUUCUAAACCAUAAUUGCCUGAUCUAGGAUAAUAUGAUAGAGUGCUGAUGUGACAUUCAAAAUGAGACAGGAUGCAAUAAGUAAUUAACUUUCAGUGUUUAUACAGAAAAUCCACUCAUUCUCUCUUGAUUAUAUUUUAUAGGGCUAGAAUAUUUCCAUCGGGUACUAUUCUUAAUUCUCUCUACACCCUGUUGCCACAUGCUGCCUUUGGGCAGAGAAUCCCACUUAAAAUAAGCUUUAAUGGGAUCUUCCAGAAAAGGAUAAUAUGCUCCAUUUUCUUUUCUUUUUUGAACGAGGGAUAAGGAUCUAUUCAAUAAAAGGUCAUUUGGAAAAUAUGCAUAGUUAUCUUAAAAUAAAAUGAAACGCUUUUUACCAUCCAAGAUCUAGACCUUGGUUUAGACAAGUUUGAUAGAAGACACUACAGCUAAAGAGACAUUCUGAAUACAGUUAUGUUAUUUUAUAGCUCACUCUCCCGUUCAAGAGCAGGACAUGACUAAGAUAUUCAGUGCAAUUCUAUUAGUACUAGUAGUGUUUGGAAGUGACAGAGUGAAUGCUGAUACUUGGAAAAGUGACGAUUUGGUUAUUUGGGGGUAACUUACCUUGCCCAGUGGACUAGCUUACACUUUAAUACACUUUCUUUGCUUUAAACAAGUUUGAAUGCCCAAAUUUGGUUCCUCAGUUCAUUCAAACCAUAGAACAUAGAUAUACAUUUUACUUUCUGAAUGAUUUAAAGAAUGUAAAUCCUAUGGCUCUCCAAAUAAGUGAUUCAAUUUUCAUGUAAAUGUCAGUUUUUGUGAAUAGGGAUUUGUCUCUAAGACAGCAGAACCUACUGGUUAGUUUUUACUGGGACAUGCAUUGUGGAUAAAAGAUCAUUCUAAACUUUAAAUGAAUGACAGGACAACUAUGGGCACAUGCAAAGGGUAUCUUACGAAGAAAAUGUUCUUGGGGGAAAUGACCAUGUGGCGCUCAUUUCUUGUGCACAGGAGUUGUACGGGUAGUGCUUAACUCAAAAUGUGAUAUUGUGCUCAUAUUAAAUAGGGGUUUGUUCAGAGUUCCUUCUCUAGGACUGUAUGCAGAAAGGCUACACGUGUGUGUGUGUGUGUGUGUGUGUGUGUGUGUAUCUCUAUACACACAUAUUUAUGUGUAUAUACAUGUGUGUAUAUACAUAUGUGUGUAUAUAUAUGUGUAUAUAUAUAUAUAUACACACACACACACAGUUGUAAAGCAAGUAACAAGAUUCUGUUCUGCUGUGCUCUUUAAAAACUGAUGGUUCACACAAGAAAUCCUAAAACUUUUGAACCAAACACUUACAAUUUAAUUUAUUGCAAAAAUUUCGCUGCAUGGGACUUUGCUUUCAUAUACCUAUAUAGUGGAGAAUUUGUUCUAAUUUGCUGAUCUGGAACACAUUUAAUCACAGCUGAAUUUACACCAACAACCCUGGUGUGUUUACAUUUCAAAAGAAAUGAAAUUGGCGUGGAAAAAUUUUUAGAAGUACUGUAACUUUUUUC